AAAUAUAAUUUAGAUAUUCAACGCUCCAUGUGACAUAUCACCAUUAACAGCUCUCUCCCUCAUCUUUCCCAACUUACGCCAAACUCUUUAGAGAUACUAAGAUCAUUGAAGUAUGAAUCAUUUAACUCUCCUUUUCAUAUCGUUUCUUUGCAUCUGUGUCUUGAAAUUUGUGUACUCCAUCGUAUGGAUCCCGUGGAGGAUCCAAAACCAUUUCCAGAAACAAGGAGUAAGGGGCCCUGGCUACCGUCCAAUCUUUGGGAACUCAGCUGAGAUCCAACGUCUGUAUAAAGAAGUUAAGUUGAAGCCAGCUCCAGUUGACCACCACGAUGUCCUCCACCGCGCGGCUCCGUUCUAUCACAGGUGGUCCGGCAUGUAUGGGACGCCGUUUCUGUAUUGGUUCGGGUCAAAACCCAGGCUGGGAAUUUCGGAUCCUGAUAUGAUCAAGGAGGUUACCAUGAACACGAGCGGGUCGUUUGAUAAGCUUGGGUUUAACCCCAUGUCCAGGAUGCUCUUCGGACAGGGACUCGUUGGUUUGAAAGGUGAAAAAUGGGCCCUUCACAGGAGGAUUGCAAAUCAAGCCUUCAACAUGGAAAGAGUUAAGGGUUGGGUACCUGAAAUUGUAGCUGCUACUACGAAAAUGCUUGAGGAAUGGGAGGAAGAAAGAGGUGGGAGAGAUGAAUUCGAAUUGGAAGUGAACAAAGAACUUCAUAACCUCUCAGCUGAUGUUAUAUCCAGAACAGCAUUCGGUAGCAGUUUUGAAGAAGGAAAACGUAUCUUUAUGUUACAAGAACAGCAGAUGGAGUUGUUUUCAAAGGCCAUAAGAAGUAUCUAUAUCCCAGGGUUCAGGUUUUUGCCUACUAAAAAUAAUAGAGCGAGGUGGAGACUAGAAAAUGAAACUCGUGAAUCUGUAAGGGCACUGAUCCGGUCUAACAGCAAGAGAGGAGAAAACUCUUCAAGCCUACUCAGUCUUUUGAUGUCUUCAUAUAGGAAUCAGGAUGAUAAAGAAGAGAGGUUAGAAGAGGAAGAAAUUAUAAACGAAUGCAAGACCUUUUAUUUUGCAGGGAAAGAAACAGCUGCUAAUGCUUUAUCAUGGGCACUUCUGCUUUUGGCAUUGAAUCCGGAAUGGCAAGAUAAAGCAAGAGACGAAGUGGUUGGCAUAUGUGGAACCGAUAUGCUUCCAGCUGCAGAGCAUUUGAGUGACUUAAAAAUUGUGAGCAUGAUAGUCAACGAAACACUUCGGCUAUACUCUCCCGCAGUGAUGUUGAUGAGGGAAGCAGUCAAGGAUUUUAAGCUAGGAAAGCUAGAUGUUCCUGCAGGUACACAGCUUUAUUUGGCACUGAGUGCUGUUCAUCGUGACACUGAUAUAUGGGGAGAAGAUGCUAACAAAUUCAAGCCCUCAAGAUUCAAAGAACCCCGAAAGCACUUAGCCUCGUUCAUUCCAUUUGGCUUGGGGCCUAGAAUUUGUGUUGGGCAGAAUUUAGCCAUGGCGGAGAUGAAAAUAGUUCUAGCCAUGAUUAUCCGGCAAUACUCAUUGGCAGUGUCUUCAACGUAUGUUCAUGCUCCUUUGUUGUUCAUCACCUUGCAGCCUCAGUAUGGUAUUCAGAUACGCUUGACAAGGAUUAUGAAAUAAAGAACUCUUCUUUAUCGAUGUAAAAUAGAUGCAAAAGAUGGUAUAUAUGGUUUCAAGGCUUUUGUGAACACUGACUCGUUGUUGUUAUGUGAGAUUGAUGUAGCGUUUCCUUAAAUGGGAAUUCCAGCAAAAAAAAAAAAAACCACUCCAAUUUUGUCUCCCAA